GGGAGCGGCCGAGCCGCAGCGCGAGGGAGCCGAGGCACCGCCGGCAAGGACAGGCCGAGGGGCGAGAUCGCCGAGGCGGCCGGUGAGCCCACGUCCCGCUCCCGUCAUGUCGCUGGUGGAGACGAUCCGGCUCUGGAACGAGGGGGUGUGCGCUGCCGACAAGAGGGAGUGGAGGGCAGCCCUGGCCGCCUUCACGUCCGUCCACAACCCCCCGUCCAAGCUCUGCUUUAACAUUGGCUGCAUCCACCUGGUUUUGGGGAACCUGGCCGAGGCAGAGGAGGCGUUCACGCAGAGCAUCAGCUGUGACAAGCACCUGGCGGUGGCCUACUUCCAACGGGCGACAGUGUUUUACAAGCGAGAGAAUCAUGAAAUGGCCAUAAAGGAUUUUAAAGAGGCGCUGGCCCAACUGCGAGGCAACCGGCUCAUAGACUACAAGAUCCUGGGGCUGCGGUACAGGCUGUUUGCUUGCGAGGUACUUUAUAACAUAGCACUUGUGUGUGCCACGAUGCAGGACUGGAAGAAAGCUGAGGAGUAUCUGACAUUGGCAAUGAGCAUGAAAAGCGAGCCCCAGCACAACAAGAUUGACAAGGCAAUGGAAGCUAUCCUGAAGCAGAAGCUCUAUGAGCUGGUGGCAAUUCCCAUGGGGAAGCUGUUUCGGCCAAACGAAAAGCAAGUGGCUCAGCUAGAGAAAAAGGACUACCUGGGAAAGGCUACGGUGGUGGCAUCUGUGGUAGACAAGGACAGCUUUUCAGGAUUUGCUCCACUUCAGCCCCAGGCCUCCAGUCCUCCACCCAGGCCCAAGACACCGGAAAUCCUCAGGGCCCUUGAAGGGCAGCCGCACCGUGUCCUGUACGAGUUCAUCCCCGAGACCUCUGAGGAGCUGCAGGUCCUGCCAGGAAACAUUGUUUUUGUCCUGAAGAAAGAGAAGGACAACUGGGCUACUGUGAUGUUCAAUGGAAAGAAAGGGAUUGUCCCCUGCAACUAUCUCGAGCCUGUGGAGCUCCAGAACAGGCUGCAGAUCCAGGAAGAAAUCCCUCCUGAAUCUGAGAUCCCAGAGCCGCCCAGCUUCAGUGCUCCAGGAAAACCCCGGCGGCCAGCACCAGACUUUGUUCCAGUUACUGCAACACAGCCGGGAGAAGAACCAAAGGAGGCCAAAGCUGCUGGCUCCGGACCCUACGUUCUCAAGGCGCAUUACAAAUUCACAGUCGCUAUGCAAGUCAAGCCAGAUCUCCCCUACAACGAACUCUUGAACUUGGUCUGCAAGAAACUGGAGCUCCAGCCAGAGCACACGGAGCUGAGGUACAAGCCUGCAGAUAGCGAGGCGCUGGAGACUUUGAGUGCUGAGAACAUGGAGGCGGCUUGGAGUCGUACCAAGGACAAGUGUCUGACAGUGUGGUGUGACAGCACGGAGGGCAAGGGAUCUCCACCAGAAAGCAAACCAGAGGAGGAAGCCCAGAAGGCAACGCCAGAAGAGAUGGGACCAACCCAAGUUGUAGCGCAGUACAAUUACGAAGCCACACAACCUGAAGACCUGGAGUUUCAGGCAGGAGAUGUGAUACUCGUUUUAUCCAAAGUGAAUGAAGACUGGUUAGAAGGCCAGUGCAACGGGAAGAUAGGCAUCUUCCCAUCUGCUUUCGUUCAGAAGUGUAACACUAAAGACCCAGAAAUCUGAUUGCAGAAGAGCUUAAGAAGUCUUGGACAUGGAAAGAAAUUAAGGAUUUCAACUGCCACAAUUAAGAUGUUUCUAUAUUAAUCACUGCAUCUGAAAAGUGACCUAAAAUAUUGUUGCUACGUGUAUUAAAAGCUUUAUUUUUUGUUUUA